AUGAAACAUAACAAUCCACCUUUGUAAAGGGUGUAUAAGUAACAACUACAGACCAGCUAUUAAAAGGUUCAGGUUGCUGCUUUUGGUACCACACAGUUUAUAAUGAGUUUACUGUUUCAACUGUGGCUUUACUAAUGGUUAAUACAUUGUUUACUAAUGCUUAUACAUCAGGUAGAGUCCAUUAACAACACUGAAUUUUGGGUUGCCAGAUUUAGAAAAAAAAUCUCGGGUUAUAUGUUGUAACUAUUGGUUUUAUUAAUGGCUAAUAUACCAUUUACUAAUGCUUUAUUGAUCAGUUAUAAACCAUUAAAUAAGAACAACGUCAGGGUUGUGAAGUUACCUAACUCCAACAGCUCAUCAGACCAUUUACCUACUGGGAAAGGUGAGAAACUCAAUCAUUUAUUAAUGACUCGGUACCACAUAUAACUGCUGACAGAUGGCUUAUUAAGAACUGACGAACCCAUUAUUAUUAAUGUAUUUUUUUCUAUUAUUUAUUAAUGGAUCACUAACAAUUGUACCUGCAUUAUUACCAAAUAGAAAGAAAAGAUUCCAAAGUGCUUUUCUACAACCUGGCAACCCAAAACUUCUUCUCACUAUUAAUUAAACGCUUUAUAAUGGGUGUCUUAUUUUUAAAUUAAUUAAUAUGUAGAAUGUCUCUCUUUUAGUUUAAAAUGAAAAGGGGGCCAGACACUCAAAUUAUGGCUGGCGUGUCUGCUGCCAAGAAAUGAUGUUAACACUCAGUGUUAGAUGUUUCCACAAAAUUUGACACUAAAACACUGGUUCAACAGUCUUUUUUUUUUUUCUUAAAUGCUGCUGACUGAUGAGUCACAAACUCAAUCAACACGGAAUGACAAGAAAUCAGGGGGUUGUAAUUGGCAGUGACAGUGCUCAGUCCUCCCCAGAAAAAAAGCUUCAGUGUGCAAAAAAACGAACAAAAAACAACCGCAACAACAACUGCAACAACAACAAACUAGAAUAUGUUAAAACAAAAUACAACAUUUAUUUCUGUAACUCAGAUUCAUUGUCUUUUUGUUCACAGAGUGCUACUGACCAAAGAUCCCUGGGUCAUAUUCUACCAACAUCAGCAUUCUCUUGUAAAUAGUAGCCCUGUUGUAUAUUUUUACAUACCAGUCACAAAUUAUAAUACAACACAGUGAAUCUACAGUAGCCACUGGCCUAUAAAUAAUUCAUUUCAGGAAAGGGAUCUAUUUGCCCCUCUGAUGCGCGUGUGCACCUGGUGCAUUUGGCCACGGCGGACGGUCUCCAAUUAUCCAGAAGCAAAUCCUUGGAUUUCUCUGCACCCUUUGCCUCCAGAUCCACAUCGAUUGGAGCGAAGCCUGAUCAAUGCGGGCGACACGAGAAACUCUUGCGUGAAUAACUUAUAUGGGGUGAUUGAUUUGCAUUUACGCACAGGUUUGCGCACCGAAAAAUCAAACAAGACAUAAACAGACUCUUAAAAAUAUUCCAGCAUGUAGGGAAUGAGGUGACUUUGGGGCAUUUUUGUGCCUAGGACAAGUUGUUCCCACGUCUCUGGGUGUGAUUAACGUUUCUUCACGUGGUCUGGCCUAUGUAAAGAUGAUCAUUCACUUCACUAGGCAUGCUGCUUCCUAACCUGGUCCUCCUCAGUCCUCCUACCAGACCUGUAUGUGCCUGAUGUGUGGGCCGCCUGCACGCUGUUUAAAUGGUCGCAGCUGCUGAGAGACAUGCCACACAAGCCUCACUCCUGCGCUCGGCGGGUGUUCAUGGGAAAUAAUCGGCAAGUUUGAAGGAGGGAGAUGGUGGUUCAGCACGCUGGACAGCGCUCGUGGAAGUUGGAGAGGACAGCGGCGCGCGGACACACGAGGAUUUAAUAAAUUUGGGGGAUAGAGAUGAGCGACGGGUGACCAUGGUUGAUUUGAAGUGUUUAUUGUCGACAACAGGCGCAGGUAACCCGAGAGCGGACUUUCUGGAGUGAGACAUGGACUUUGCUGAAAUUAUUUUCGCUUUGUUCAUCGUCGUGGUCGCGGUCGUCUCGCUGUUGUCAAACUUGUUGGUGCUGCUAUGUUUCGUCCACAGCACCGAGAUACGCCGACAGGUGCCCGGUGUGUUCACCAUGAACUUGUCGUUCUGCAACAUACUCAUCACUGUUCUCAACAUGCCGGCCACUCUGCUGGGGAUUAUCAGGAACCAGCAGCCUUUUGGGGAUUGCAUUUGCCACACGGUGAGCUUUCUGGAGACUUUUCUGACCGCCAACACCAUGUUGAGCAUGGCAGCUCUCAGCAUAGACCGGUGGAUAGCGGUGGUCUUCCCGCUCAGUUACUCCACUAAAAUGCGCUACAAGGACGCGCUGAUCAUGGUGUGCUACUCCUGGCUCCACUCCUUCACCUUCUCCCUGACGGCGCUGCUCUUCUCUUGGGUCGACUACAGCGACGUUUACGCGUCCUGCACCUUGCGACCGAGCGAGGAAGGCAGCGACAGGAUUAAGUUUACAAUCUUCACCGUCGUUUUCCACGCCACUAGUUUCAUGCUCUCCCUGCUCAUCUUGUGCUUCACCUACCUGAAGGUGCUGAAAGUCGCCAGGUUUCACUGCAAGAGGAUUGACAUAAUCACCAUGCAGACUCUUUUCCUGCUGGUCGACAUUCACCCAAGCGUGAAACAGAGAUGUUUAGCUGAGCAAAAGAGGAGAAAGCAAAGAGCCACCAAGAAGAUCAGCAUCUUCAUCGGCUCAUUCAUCAUCUGCUUCGCUCCAUAUGUAAUUACAAGGUUGGCUGAGCUUCUACCUUUUGUGGACAUCAACCGCCACUGGGGAAUCAUCAGUAAGUGCCUGACAUACAGCAAGGCUGCGUCUGACCCCUUCGCCUACUCCCUCCUACGUCAGCAGUACAAGAAAGUCCUGGUUACAGUUGUCAACAGGCUGCUCCGCCGCGACCUGUACCCCUCAUCUGGCCAUAACAGCUCUUUAGACACAGAGAACGACUACUGUCUCCAGAGGAUCAGCUAAUGGCAAAUUCACAGACGUGACAGAUACACACUAUACGGGCCAAAAAUAAAGGUUGCCUUUUGGAAGAAGAAGAGAAAAAGAAUGAGGAGAGAGACAGAGAAGACAGGAUAUUGUUAGGAAGGGAAAAGUGAGUAGAUAGAGGGGACAGAUUGUGGGUGGGGGGGUGAAGAGAGAGCAAAAAUAAGCAAGAUAGUGGGUGGAGAAGAAUGAAAAGACAGUGAUGAGGGGGAGGAUGAACAGACAAAGAAAUGAAGGAGAAGACGAGAUGGGCGAGGGGGAAGACAGAUAGGGAGCGACAGGGAUGAUGUGGAGAUGCUGGCCUCAGUCAGUAUUGGUAAACGAGGGAUCUGUGAUUCAUCAGCGACAGCAAAACACACAAAACCACACAGAUGCACACACGGAUCAAACAAAUCGAUUCUGUCGGAUAAGUCGCGGACCAAACCGCUGGAGACGUCUUCACUUUGAGAGACAUUUAUAAAGUGGCCUUUUGUACUGUACCAACCACUUUGUAAUGAUUUCGGCAAAUCCACAUGCAGCGACCUUUCCUCCGCCACAAAACACAGGGACAGUAGCUGAUGGUCAAUAGGCAGCAGAGUGACCAUGUUUUAAAAAAACUGAAAGACUACAUUGUUCCUGCUUCUGGAUAAUGUACCUUCAGUGAAUAGAUGUACUCUUAGGUGUGGAGACUCUACUGCUGCACAUUUUUGCCAUGUUCUGUAUUGACCGUGUUAGACUACUUUGCAGUGUCAUGUCAGUCACUAAAUAUUGAUGCACUUUGUCUAAAUCUCUCAGAGCUACUAUUGUUACAGGAGCCAAAGGCAAAUAACAUUUACAACACGAUAUUAAAGGAUAAGGCUGGUGAUAUUCUAUAUUUUUGUUAUUGUCAUCAAGUGCCAUGAAAAGACUUUGCCUCUCAAUACUUUCCAAAUUUUCCUGAGCCUGCCUGUAACUUCUAGCUCCAAGAGCAUUUGUUCCCGGUAAUUUAUUUUAAAACUGGCCAUGUAUAUAUACUCUUUAUUUUAAAAGUUUGACUUGAGUACUGAUUUUAAGGACUCGUGACUAGACUUGGACUUGAGGACUGAUGACUCGGACUUGGAAUCGAGCAUUGACUGCAUUCACACGCUGUUGUGUCACACGCAGUAAAUGAACUCCCUUUGAAAUGGUGACAGCUGUGUCAUUUGUGUUUCGUGUAGAGUUUUUUUUUUUAUUUGUAUUUCAAGCUCUUCGACUGUCCCAGGGUGGAGCACUGGAGCCCAUCUUGGAACUUGACUCAGACUCAACCGUUAGGACUCGGACUAUCUUUGGUGACUCGGACAUGGACUGGGACUCGAACACCGGGGACUCAAGACCCGACUUGUACUUGAGGUUUAGUGACUCAACUAAAACACCGCAAUCAGGAGUAAGUACUUAACUUUUUAGGAACUAUUUUUAGUCUUGGAUUAUUACAAGCUUGGCGCACUAUUGAGUAAAUAUAGCAGCAUUACACUGUAUGUAGGUUUGAUUGUAAAAUUACAGUUGCAACACUGAUGUGUUUUCAGUUUGAGGACAAAUCACUAACAAAGACCACCGCAUUUAAUUAAGCAAAAUAGAAAGAUAAAACUAUUAUUUACUGGAAUGACAGGUGUAGUGGUCCCUGGCCACUUAGUCUUUGGAGCAUCUUGGUUUUGACACACAUUUCAUUUAAUUAAAUCCAACUCUCUUGUGAAUACAACAAGGGAAGUCAAGUCCAGGAGGCAGGGAUCAUGUGAAUGAGGGCAUAUUUGAAGAUUUAGGUCACAACAUCAAAUCAGGAGAUUGUAAUCUAAAAAUAGCAAAAUAAAAAAUAACCUUAGUAUAAUAUACAUAAACUGUAUGACUUACAUUAACAUCAAGACAUGCAUAGUAUAACAUGUGAUAACAAUCUGAACAGUUUACUAGUUACAAAUACGUGGUUAAGUUUCAGGUAAGAUGAAUGAGGGUCAGGAGCAGAGGGAGGAACACGGAUAAUAUUUGUUAGUAGCAGGAUGAGCUCAUUGUUGGUUUUUCAUGGGUUUGUCUGACAAUAUGAAAAACACAGACAGAAACACCAGACUUAUCCUUUAAAAUGUCCGUUUGUAACUGAAUGUACUAGAGAUAGCCCACUUUUAACUGAAAUACAUUUGUACAACUGUGCUUUGUAUCGCCAGUUGACUGGAGAAAAUGUUUCUAUGGAUAUUUACAUGAUGUUAUUAUAUAUUUUGCACUGUACAGGAACAACUUUUUUGUCUAGAUGAACAGGGAGCAACGUGAUGUAGCAUAGGAAUGCUUUCAAAGUGCUUUAAAACACACUGUUUUGUGUUUGUGCCAGAUUUGAAUAUGUGACUUCCUCAGCUGUUCUAUAAUUUAACCAGAAUAGCUGCUUUAUUAUUAAAGAAACAAUUUCUUUUGGAUGUAUUUUAUGCACAUGUUUUUCCUCCUGUGAGCCACUUGCUGUUCUUUGGCAGUGUGAUUAGCUAUUAGUGGAAUAUGUGCAAUAAAAGCUGUCAAUUAUAAAGCUAUUAAAAAUAUGAAUGUUUCCACAGUAAUGUCAAUGAAUCUAGAUAAUGCCCUUGGAUUUAAUUUGUAAGCUUGUAAAUUAAAUUCAAGCAGUUGCAGUUAAAAGUCUUGGACACUAAAUGGCAAAUGGAAAUAUUGUCAGCAAUAUUCAAUAUCUCAAAUCGAUGGAUACAGGAACUUGAAAGGAAACAUCAUUCAUUAUUCUCUCAGAAAUAAAACUAUUCUUGGGGUUCCUCUUUCACCACCAGCCACUCACCUGUUUCUGCAUUGUUUUGCAUCCAUCUACCUCACGGCCCUAAUUCUAUUGUAAAUGAUAUAUGACAUAAAAAUUGACCGUGGUGUCACAUGAA